UCAUGGGUAGCUCUUCUCCGCCAGUACCUGCAGCUUAUGCUGCUGCACUCGGUGCACUGGUUCUACUAUCAUUAUUCAAUCAUGCAGUAAAAGUACAAGGAGAGUCCAAUAAGAAAGUUGGCCGACAGGAAACUGAGGGCUGUGAUAUCUUCCAAGGGAGUUGGAUUCGUGAUGAUUCAUAUCCAAGUUAUGAGUAUACUCAGUGUCCCUUCAUUGAGAAAGCGUUCAAUUGCCAAAACAAUGGUAGAACUGACAACGAAUACCUCAAAUAUAGAUGGCAGCCCAAAAAUUGCAACGUAUCAAGGUUCGAUGGGAAAGAGUUCUUGUCAAGAUUCAAGGGAAAAAGUAUAAUGUUUGUAGGAGAUUCACUGAGUCUUAACCAGUGGCAAUCUCUGACAUGCAUGCUUCAUUCAGCAGUGCCACAAGCUCCCUACAAGUUAAAGAGGAUUGGUACUCUUUCCAAUUUCACUUUCCCGACAUAUGGUGUUUCGAUAAUGUACUCGCGCAACGCGCUUUUGGUCGACGUAAUUAGAGAGAAUGACCGGCGGGUUCUGAAAUUGAAUUCCGUGGCUUCUUCGAGUAAAACAUGGGAAAAAAUGGAUAUGCUCAUCUUCGACACUUGGCAUUGGUGGCUUCACACUGGGAGGAAACAACCUUGGGAUAUUAUUGAAUACAACAAGGUUUUAUAUCAAAACAUGGAUCGUUUGCAUGCAUAUGAAAUUGCUCUAAAUACAUGGGCAAGUUGGGUCGAGUCACGAGUAGAUCCAAGGAGAACAAAGAUUUUCUUUCAAGGAGUUUCACCAGAUCAUGAUAGGUUUGCUGGUCUACCAUUCGACUGUGAAAGAUGGAGACAGCCAUUAAUAUACCCAGGAGUACGCAGUAAACCGCAAGUGGUGUUGGAGAAAGUUUUGCAGCCACUUUCGAAACGGGUUAAUUUGCUAGAUAUAUAUAGCUUGUCAAAACUCAGAAUAGAUGGCCACCCUUCUGUCUACGGCUCUGGAGGGCACAGGGGGAUGGAUUGCACCCAUUGGUGUCUACCGGGAAUCCCUGAUACUUGGAACCAACUCCUAUUUGCAGCCCUCACUUGAAAGCAAUAUGGACUCACCAUUCAGCCGUAUGCUCAUGAGAAUAAAACUCACUUUUAGUGUGUUAUGAACAUUCAGAUGGAGCAGCUCAACCAUU